AUGCAGCUGUGGCAUCUCGGUGUCUUGGUGUCGACUUUUGUCGCAUCUAUUGGAGCCCAGUCGACCUUUUCUCCUGCUCGACCUCCAGCUCUCCCACUGGCAGUCAAGUCCCCUUAUCUGAGCACCUGGUUGAACGCAGGUAGUGAUGGUGGAAAUGGCGGAUACCUAGCGGGCGAAUGGCCCGUCUUCUGGGCGAACCAAGUCACUGGUUGGUGUGGCUUGAUUCGCGUCGAUGGUACUGCCUACACUUGGAUGGGCCUGCCCGGCACGACCACUGUCACCCAGACAGCUUUCGAGUAUACUUCAACCAAGAGUAUUUUCACCAUGGAUGUUGGUGGAAAGGUUGAGAUGAAUAUCACUUUCAUGUCUCCAAUUACUCCCAAUGAUUUCAAGCGCCAAUCUCUUGUUUUCUCCUACUUGAAUGUUGAGGUGUCGUCCUUGGAUGGCAACGACCAUGACGUGCAGGUCUAUGCUGAUAUUUCUGCCGAAUGGGUUUCCGGAGACCGUGGUACCACUGCGCAAUGGGACUAUGGUACAACCGAUGGUGUUGCAUACCAUAGGGUUUACCGACAGACCCAGCUCGCAUUCUCCGAAAUCAACCAGCAAGCCGAGUGGGGCUACUGGUACUGGGCUACUGAUGCCACCAAUGGCAUGACCCACCAGUCUGGUCAAGAUACCGUUGUGCGUGGGCAGUUCUCGUCCAAUGGUGCCUUGACCAAUGGAGCGGACACCAACUACCGUGCCAUUAACAACGACUGGCCCGUCUUCGGAUUCUCAUCCAACCUGGGCACUGUUGAUUCAAACCCCGUCAGCACACUUUUCUCUCUGGGUCUGACUCAGGAUGAAGCUAUUCAAUAUGCAGGUUCCUCUGGCUAUGGCCCCGUGCCGUCCCUGUGGAAGAGCUACUUCGACACGGAUGUGGACGCAGUUACAUUCUUCCACAAGGAUUUCAGCGAGUCCAGUUCUCUGGCAAGCUCAUUCGACAGCAAGGUUGCAACAGACUCUAUGGCUGUCGCAGGCCAGGAUUAUCUCACGCUUACUUCCCUUUCGGCCCGCCAGGCAUUCGGUGCGACCCAACUGUGCGGCACAGAGAGCAAGACGUAUUUGUUCCUGAAGGAGAUUUCUUCUGAUGGAAACAUGAACACCGUUGAUGUCGUGUUCCCAGCUUAUCCCAUCUUCCUGUACUCAAACCCCGAGUUCUUGAAGCUCGUUCUCGACCCCCUGAUUGAGAACCAGGAGGCUGGUUAUUACCCCCAGAGCUAUGCUAUGCAUGAUCUUGGAUCGAGCUACCCGAACGCCACGGGUCAUAAUGAUGGUAAUGAUGAGGCCAUGCCCCUGGAGGAGUGCGGAAACAUGAUCAUCAUGGCCUUGGCAUAUGCUCAGAAGGCCGGAGACACUGCCUACUUGAGCUCUCACUACAAUCUUCUGAAGAAGUGGGUGAGCUACCUCAUCGACGAGGCGCUAUACCCAGCUAACCAAAUCUCCACCGAUGACUUUGCUGGAUCUCUCGCCAAUCAAACCAACCUGGCCCUGAAGGGAAUGAUCGGUAUCCAGGCCAUGUCCGUCAUUGCCAAGGAGACCGGCCAUGCGUCCGAUGCUGCCAACUACUCUAAGAUUGCCCAUGAUUACAUCAACAAAUGGCAGACUCUGGCUAUCAACAAGGCUGUUACCCCAGCCCACACUACUCUGUCGUACGGUGAUGCGAGUAGUCACGGUAUUCUUUACAAUCUGUUUGCCGACGCUCAGCUCGGUCUGAACUUGGUGCCUCAAUCUGUCUACCAGAUGCAGAGUGACUUCUACCCGACUGUCGCCAAUAAGUAUGGCGUUCCGCUGGAUACUCGUCACACCUACACCAAGGGCGAUUGGGAGUGCUUUGCCGCAGCUGUUGCCUCCACUGACACCCGUGACAUGUUCAUCAAGACCCUGGCCACUUGGGUUAAUGAGACCCCGACCAACCGGCCCUUGACUGAUCUUUACGACACUGCAUCUGGAAAUUACCCACCAACCACCUUUGUCGCCCGCCCUGUCGUGGGUGGUUACUUCGCACCUCUCCUCGUCUCCUAG